UAAAACAAAAAUAAAAGGUUUUAACUUAACAAAUAAACCUACUAUGUAUUGAUUAAUUGACCUACUAGUAUGCUAACACUUGUGUAGUUAAGUAAGUUACUGCCAAAGUAAGUAUAUUCUCCUAUAUCGCUUACUUAUGAGGUUACAUUUAAGGUAGGAUCACAUGCUUUCUUAUAAGUGAACUGCCCAAGUAAGCACUUUAAAUCAAGACAGCUCGCUAGGCUACAGAACAGCCCUUAAUAUACAAUGUGGCGCAGUUUAGCCUGCUAAUGCAAACAAUGUUGGUUUUUACCAGAGAAAGUGGCCUAGACUAGAUUAUGUGUGGCUCUAAAGCUGUACUAUAACAUGUACUUUGGAUAAAAUGUUAAGCCAAACAUGACAUAAUAACGUUAAAACAGAUAAUGCUCCAAACUCCUUCCUUGUUUUCUACAAAAAAAAUUGAUACGUUAAAUAAAGAUGUAAUUAAAACGUUUUUGUUGUUAAACCAUGGUAACCAUAAAUUUACCAUAGUUCAUGUACAUAUCAUUUGUUUAAAAAAAAUUGGCUAAAUAAAUACAGAUGUUAUCCGCCAAAAUACUACGCAAACGUCACUUAAACAAAAUAGUUAGUGGCGGCCAUUUUGUAAAUCAUAAACAUGACAUCGUUUGAUAAGGGGUAUUGCAUUUCUUACCGUAUUUAUUUAAUAUCAGAUCCGUAAACACACAAGUUUUCAGCUAAAAAAGUGUAACUUUUAGGUUACUGCAUGUUAUUAGUUACCCUGCUAAUGAAUCAAGUCUCGCACGUUCACAGAAAAUAGCUUGGGUUGCAUUAAGUGUCUGUCAAAUUAAAGUGAAGCGAAUAAAAUAACACUAGUUGAAUAGCUCUGAUCAUACAUGAGGCUCUGACAGAAAACUAACGUACUUGCUUACCAGUUUGGCGUAUUGGCUCCCUCUAGCGUUGAAGCAUUAUAAGCAUUAUUCAAGGUCAUCUAUUCAUCUCAGUGUUUAUGUGUGAGAGUAACCCUGUUAAAAUUGCUAGACAGUAAACACACCAUCAGCAUCUUCAUGUACCCUCAUCACCCUGGACCAAUCAGAAGGCAGUAUUACUUUCCCAAAACACAGAUCUCUGAGACCUCAGGAUUUGGACGUUAAAUCGUUGAUCGACAGGAUUAUCUUUGUUCAGAUCAGGGAUCGCGGAUGAGAUAAUAAAAAUGGUUCAGGGUCCGUGUGAUGUCAUCGCCCUCUGUCUGGGCCUCAUCGGCCUGAUUGGCGUAGCCACAGUUACAGCGCUCCCGAUGUGGAGAGUGACUGCAUUCAUCGGAGAAAACAUCAUCGUGAUGGAGACCCGCUGGGAGGGUUUGUGGAUGAACUGCUACAGGCAAGCCAACAUCCGAAUGCAGUGUAAAGUGUACGAUUCUCUGCUGUAUCUUCCUCCGGAUCUGCAGGCGGCCCGCGGAUUGACCUGUUGCUCUCUGGCGCUGUGUGGAUUCGGGAUAAUAGUGUCCCUCUUCGGCCUUCGUUGCAUGUCUUGUCUGAGCGAUCAACCACGCAACAAAAGCAUCAUUUUAAUGAUCACUGGCAUAAUUGAAAUCUUAGCAAGUUUUUGCAUCAUCAUCCCCGUCUCCUGGACGGCCCAUACGAUUAUCAGAGACUUUUACAAUCCAUUACUAUUGGAUGCCCAGCGGAGAGAACUAGGAGAGGCUCUGUAUAUCGGUUGGGUAACUAGCGCGCUUCUUUUGGCAUCUGGAGUCAUCUUUCUCUGUCGUCGUGUUGAUUCGAACGAGCAGGCAUUUUAUGCUCGUCCACCAUGUAACAAGCAAGUUCUGAAUCAUUUCCAGGCCUUUAACUCUAUCCGUCGUCAGCCAUUGCUCCAGAAUAAUAGUUUUUCCACUCCUCAGCAUUCACCGUCUGCAUUCAGCUUUGCUGUGACGCCCUCUAGUGGUCAAUAUUCACUACACAACAUGCAGCCGGUGAUCAAUGGGUCUUUAGUAAACAGUCCAAACAUGAUUCCACCUCAGAGAGUGAAUUAUCAUGGGCAGAAUGUAAUGCAAAGUCAGAUUUUAUCCAGACAUGCUAAGUACCCUGUCAGUGAUCCCCGUGAUUCCUUUAACACAGAGUCUGCGUUUCAUCCUGUACAACAGAACCCGCUGUAUGUGGGGUAUAAUUACUCCCGGGUACAGUCUGGUAGCUCAAACAGUAGCACAGGACUGCGUAUAUAAGAGUUUGUCUGUGUUCUAACCUUUAUUUAAAAAUAAAAAGUGCUGAAAAUUCCA